CAUUUUAUGGCAUUCUACGUAGCAAAAGUCCGCCAAGAAAAUUCAGGAAAAUGGUUUGUGAAUUUUGCGAGCGUUCAAGUGAUAAUACAAUCAUUGAAGAUGAGAGUGAUUGCUUCUACAAUCUCCUGGAGAAAGCACGGAAGCAUCAUCUUGAUCUUCAAUUGAAACUCCAGCGAAUGUCCCUGGCUUAUGAAUCGGCAAAGAAUGAGAUUGAUAUCCUCAAGAAAGCUGAUAAGUAUCGUAAGAAAGAGCGAAAGGAGAAGCAAGAGAAAUCCCCGAAGAAAUUCUUCAAUCCGGGAACUCAGGCAGUGCUUCCGGAUAACGAUUGGGAGGAUGCUUUUAAGACAGCCGCUGAUUCAGUUGACAAGGAAAAUUCCCCAGUUGGCAAAUGGAAUUUAAGAAAUUCCAGAAUAAUGAGGGAUCUACUUCCAUCUUCGGAUGAUCUGUUUGAGGAUGAUCAGGAUGACAAAGUACCCAAAUUGCCACAGAGAACAAAGUCCACGACAAAGGGGUCAGGGUGGAUGUCCAAGAAGGAUAUUCUCAAUGAGACAAUCACCUCUAAUAGGGCAUUAACCUUUGAGAAACCCCCAAUGCCCCUCAGUCGUCUCGAUUCCAUCAAGACACCUUCCCACACUCCGACAGUGCCUCCCGUAAAGCAAGAGAAGAAGCAAAAAAUGCGACAGACAACACUGAAUUUCAGCCGAGUGGAUGCCGAUGAGACUUUCUGUGAGGAAUUGAUUGAUGCAACUCCGGAAGAUCGUUGCACUUCCUUCAAGCUUCGCGAUAGGAUUAAUUACCAAAGUGCUGAUCCAUCGCCAAAGGACAAAUCAACAAUUCUUUGCAAUGCUGACGAAUCAAUUCUCAUUCAGGACUCACAGGAAAAGGAAGAAGCUACAAAAGAAGCGGAAAAACCACGAGAAAAACCCGAAAAUCCCCAAAUUCUUCAUUCCUUCGUCACUCCGGAUGGGUUUUGGGAUUUAGGAUUUCCACCAACGGCCAAAACUCAACCCCCUUCGCCAAGUGAUCGCCUCAGGAAGCGCCCCAAGAGAAAUUCGUGAGUUUUGGGUUAUUUUUCUUUAACUUUAUUUUGCCAUUUUCCUUAUGUGCCUUACAAAUUGCCCCGUUUUCCCUGAUCCAAUUCAAUUGCUUCGAAAAGGGAUUUAAAGUUCCCAGCACCGAAGCCCUAAAAGGAAGAAAGAAAUUUGAAUUAUUCUGUUGCCAUUUUCUUAAUUGAAUUAAUAAUAAAAUUGUAAAAAUUGAGCGAAUUUAAUUGACGAAAUAAUGAAAGAAUAAGAAUUUGAUGAAAUCUCAAGAAAAAAUUGUUUUCUUACA